AGGGGUGAAACGCAAGUGAGGAGGUGGAGUCGUGUUCAGAGCAUAGAGGAAAACCCAGCAGAAGAGCAGGAAAAAAGAGGAAAAACCACCAGACACAACAACAUCGGGGGGAGGACGGUGGAUUAACUGAGCCAACUGAGGCAAUUCAAAUUAAGAAAAGCGCCGCUGUGAAGAAGGGAGGACAGCAAGAUGAUAACGCCCUAUUUCCUGGAAAAUUUCUGGGGCGAUAAAAACAAUGGAUUCGAUGUACUGUACCACAACAUGAAACAUGGCCAGAUAUCCAGCAAGGAGCUAUCAGACUUCAUCAGAGAAAGAGCCACCAUAGAGGAGGUUUAUUCAAGAUCAAUGACCAAACUGGCCAAGACUGCCAGCAACUGCUCUCAGCUAGGGACGUUUGCGCCGGUGUGGGAUGUGUUUAAACAGUCAACGGAGAAACUGGCAGCGUGUCACAUGGAGCUGGUCCGCAAACUGCAAGAGCUCAUCAAGGAAGUCCAGAAAUAUGUGGAGGAACAAGCCAAAAAUCAUAAGAAGACAAAGGAGGAGGUGGCGUCCACUUUGGAGGCUGUGCAGAACAUCCAGAGCGUGUCACAGGCCUUACAGAAGAGCAAAGAAAACUAUGUCAGCAAGAUGCUAGAGCAAGAACGUAUGCGCAAAGAGGGGGCCACACAGAGAGACCUGGACAAGGCUGGAUUGAAGGUCAAGAAAGCCACGGAGUCCUACAAGUCUUAUGUGGAGAAGUAUGCCACUGCGAAAACAGAAUUUGAGCAAAGAAUGACAGAAACCGCACAAAAAUUCCAGGGCAUCGAAGAGGAACAUGUCAUGCGUAUGCAGGAGAUUAUCCAUUCAUACUCUCAGUCUGUUGAAGAGACGCACAUACAGAUCGGAGAGGUGCAACAAGAGUUUGUGAACAACAUGGAGAACACUUCCAUCGAGAGCCUCAUACAGAAACUGGCAGAAAGCAAAGGAACAGGCAAAGAGAGACCAGGGCCCAUCGAAUUUGAGGAAUGUAAUGUCUCCAUUGCCACAGAAGGUGCCAAACCCAGAAAAAGAAAAACCUUUGCCAUACCAGGCCGACGGAAAGAUAAAGACACAGAUUCCACUGAAUCAGCUGAAGUAGAAGCAGUUAACGCUUCCAACGGAGCUCCCCCGGGUUUCUACGGUGCUAUAGAUCUUCAUAACGCCAAUGUGCCUCAGCUGGACGAGGAGGGCUUCUGUAUCCGACCAGAAGUCAACGAGAAUGAUGCCAAAGAGAACUCCUUUUAUUCAUCCAGUGACUCAGAAGAUGAGGAUGAGCCAAGAAAAUUCCACGUUCAGAUCAAACCCGUGCAGACCAACAACGGCACACACCAACACAAAGCCACCAUCGACGAGCUGAAGGCCUCUAUUGGAAACAUCACCCUCUCGCCCACCCCUGCCGUUCAUAUGAAGAAGAACCAAUCCAGUGAUGAACUGACACGACCCAAGAUACCGCAGCCAUCCUUUAACGAUAGAUUUGCCACUAAUGACCUGCUGUCUUUGGAUCCGUUUGGCCCGACCAGCACCGGCUCCAGCUCUUCUCUACCCCACUCAUCAGACCUGGCUUCUCUCUUCUUAACAUCUUUCCCUACAUCUCCCCCACUGCAGUUAAAUGAUGAGGUUUUUGAAGACCCAGAAGUGGAUUUACAGUCGGAGCCCACCUCUCCUUCGGCAGUCAGUCUUGAGGUUACCGAGCCUCCUGCUUUGCCCCUUCCCUCCAAACUCCCUCCUCCUGCCGGUCUCGCCAAGCCAUGCACCCCAUCAUUUCCUGUUCUCCCCUAUCCUCCCUCCACCUCUUUCCCCAAUGAGGCUGUUGCCCCCCUCCACCCUGGCCCUACUCGAGCUCUGAGCGUGCCUCCAGCCCUACAGGCUGUUCCUAAGGACUACGCUACCCACAAGCCCCCUCUCAGUGCUCCCGCCACUGGUCCAGACACGCUUUCAUCCUGGGCCCAGAGCCAAUGGAUUGCCUUCAAUGAUGCCUUUGUGCCAUGCCGUGGACCAUCCCAUCAACCAGCGAGACCUCGGUCAGUGCCUGUAUCUCAACAGCCCAAGCUUUUCUUCAGAGAGAUUGGUGACCCAUUUGGCAGCAUUGGGAAAGAGGAGAGCACAUCCUCUCUGAACGAAGCACCAGCCCGAUCCAUGCAGGAUGUACCACCUCCAAACAGGCCAACCACUCCCCUGGGCACAGCAGCCAUAGUCCCGCCUCCAAGACCAUUAUCACGGCCCAAACUGCCUGCAGGCAAGCUGACGGGCAUCAAUGAGGCUGGCCGGCCGUUCAGCCCUCCUAAGGUGUCCAACUCCAGCCCUCCUCCCGCUGCUCCUCUGGCUCGUGCCGAGAGCUCCUCUUCUCUCAGCUCCAACACCUCCCUGAGCGCCAACAACACACCUACUGUCGAGGACGAUCUUUUCGUGGGGAAACUGCCCACAUUUGAGAAGAGAUGCGAGACUCCUGCAGGGACAUCUCGUGGGCCCAGUCCAGUGACACUGGCUUCCCAGGAUGCAUUGCCCAUUGCUGUAGCAUUCACAGAGUCAGUUAAUGCCUAUUUCAAAGGAGCAGAUCCCAGCAAGUGUAUUGUGAAGAUCACAGGAGACAUGACCCUGUCUUUCCCCAGCGGUAUCAUCAAGAUUUUCACCUCUAGUCCGUCUCCUGCUGUACUCAGCUUUAAACUCUCAAACACUAGCAGAUUAGAGCAAAUUAUGCCCAACCAGCAACUAUUACACAGUGACUCCUCCCAGAGUGACACAAACACUAAGGACUUUUGGCUGAACAUGUCUGCAUUGACGGCGUACCUCAGGAAGAGCUCUGAGCAGAAUCCUGCUGCAUCCUAUUACAACGUAGACGUCCUAAAGUACCAGGUAUGUUCAAAUGGGAUUCAGUCGACACCUCUCAACCUCGUGGUGUACUGGAAAUGUACCCCUACAACUACAGACCUGCGAGUGGACUACCGAUACAACCCAGAGGCCAUGCAGCCCCCUGCUGCGCUCACCAAUGUACAGGUGUUAGUGCCUGUCAAUGGUGGGGUCAUGAAUAUGCAGUCACUCCCCAACGCUAUCUGGAAUGCAGAACAGUGUAAGUCAUUAUGGAAACUGAGUGACAUCUCUGACAAGUCUGAAAAUGAAGGCUCUGGUACUUUGAGGGCAAAGUUUGAGCUGUCUGAUGGUCCAUCCAUCCCUGCCACCCUGGCUGUUCAGUUCUUCAGCGAGGGCAGCACACUGUCUGGUGUGGAUAUGGAACUAGUUGGCUCUGGUUACCGGCUCUCCCUCAAUAAGAAGAGAUUCGCCACUGGCCGCUAUAUGGCUGACUGCUGAGAUCUGAGCAGAGGCCUGUCCGCUCUCAAACGCAGGGAAUCUGGAGGUUAAUUUCUGUUCAUUCAUUAAUUCUGUCACUGGUUCUCAAUGAUAUUUAUGGAGGAUCGAUAGAGGGGAUGGAAAAAGAGGACUGUCUGAGUGAAGACCUCUAAUGCUUCCGUUUCCUCUCUCCGUUCCUCUCUGAACGACCCAGUUCCAGUGAAGCACCUUUCUGGAGACUCGAGAUUUUUAUACUACACGCUAACGUAGCACUGAGUAUCAAACACUGUGUACAAAGAAAAAUAAAAAAAAGAAAAGAAAGAAGAAGGAAUGUCAGGAUACUGGUGAAUGAAAUCAUUAAUCUUUGAUACUUUUUGAUCUAUUCAGACUUUUAUAAAGUCAGAACGGUAGUGUUUGUUAUUUUGAUAUGUAUAGUUAACAAUUUGUAAUAUGAUUUAUAUGUGUAUAAACAUUCAGCAUAUCUAAACAAAAAAGGACAAAAAAACUGCACUAACAAUCUUUCUGGAAAUUUGUUGAGCAUUAAUUUCUCCGUUUGUAUUCACAAUGUCAGUUAGUCACAAUGACAAUGAGGAGAACAAAAGGAGGAAAAAAAAAACAAGGAAAAAAAGGAGAGACGAGAGAAAAUGCCUCAGCAAUAGAUCACUUCAUGCUCACAAGAAAGCCUUACUUCUUGUCCAGAAUGCCAUGGUCUUUUUCAUAGCUGAGCAUUGCACAUCCAUCUGCUAAAUUCAGAUUGUUUUCCCCUAAUUUCUAUUGUUUUCAGUUUUAUUUUUUUUCUUUCAGUUGCUUUUUUUUUUUUCAUUAUGAAUGUGCAAUGAAGUUAUAAGCUUUCAAAAUUACAUUUAUGGAUUGUUUUUAAAGUUUAGUGCCAUUUUCACUUUAACAUUGUAAAGAGAACCUACUGGUUAGUUGUGUGUCUUGCUUAACAGCAAAAGGAAACUUAUACACUGACCUCAGUGCCUCUUUUCGGUUACUUAAAAUAAUUGUACAAGAAAAAUUGCAUGUUUAAGUCUAAAAGAACCCAUGUUCUCCCCAUUUUUUUUUUUUUUUUUUAGAUUACGGCCUUUCCUCUUCCAUUUUGAAGUGCCAGUUCAGUUCUUUAUGCUUCCUAAUGGGAUAUUGAAGGGAAAACACUGCGUAAAUUUAGGCCUUUGUAUUUCAAACAGUUCACUGCAAAGCAUGCACUGUUCCCGUUAUAGACAUCAUCCAAAUGUUUCCUGUAAACUCAGGCCUUAUAGAUGGCAUAUGUGGAAAUCUGUGCAGAAAUGAUACCAAAAUACCCAGCGAAAAAAUUCACUGUGAGAUGAUUCUAAUUACAAAAACUGACCUGAGUAUUAGGAGGGAUGCUUGUUGAUAAAUAGACCAAAAUGUUUUUAAUAUUAAGAUUAUAUUUCAUUUUAUGAACAUGCACACUUUUCAGUGUAGUUUAUUAUCAAAUUUUUAAUUAUCAAAGACUACCAAAUUUUUAGGUAAAUGUAAUUUUAAGGGACACUGUGUAUAUGUUUUCACCAAAUGUGCCGUCACGUCUGUUUUUGAGUGUUUAAUGUUAAUAAUAACCUGAAUUUGUUCGUUUCUUAAAAUUAUGGCUCAAAUGAGCUAAUUGCUUUGAGCAAGUUUGCCAAAUACAGAUCAAAGCACAAUGAGCCAAUGGAAGUUACGGGAAAAAUUAAAUGAUUUUAAUUCUUUUAAUGUUAGAUAUUUCAUUAGUUUUGUACCACAGCAGUUCACCAUCAUUUUAGUACCGUCAAUUUGUGCUGGAAGACAGUGGUGAGCAUUCACAGUGCUUUAAAGGGGGUCUGUCCCCCAUACAAGGGCUAUUUGCCUUGUCCUCCGUGGAGGACCACGUCUCCAAGGGCUACCCCAAUCCCAGCCAUAGCAGACACCAUUUGUACCUUAAAAUGAAAAACACUAAACACUAAAUGCCAACAAUGAAGGAUCUUCAUGAAUUUGAAAACAGUGACGUUCUUUAGAAUUACGUCUCGUUUUCACCAGGAACUUUUUAGCUCUUUGAUAGCAGCCUAACAGUUUUGUGAAGUAACAACGUAAAGAUUUUAUAUUCAAAAUCCUCACUGUCUUUAUGUACAUUUUUAAAAAAUAUUUGUGAUUUUAAUCCAUUUGUUUUCAGUAUGAAAUGUGGUGUUGGUGUCAGUACAGAGGCAGAAAUCAACUGGUGAACAUCCAGGUCAAUGUAGCAUCCAAAUACAAUACAAUAUUGGCUUCCAUAGUCCAGGCUUUAUGAACUAGUGAAACAAGUGAAUAUGAACUAAUUGUGUAGUUAGCGAGCUGGUUCUUGCUGCCUCUACAGCCAUCACGUCAAUAUUCAAGUCCUUUUUGAACAUUUAAAAAUAAGUCUCUUCUUUUAUUUCUUUCUUUUUAUGUCCACAUCCAAUGGCAUGUUAAAACAUUUGUGUGAUUUUUUUUUUUUUUUUUUUUUUUUUUCUCACCUAAUGUACAUUUUUACAAAUAUUUCUGCCAUGUUUCUCUGCUUUAUGACGCUCUGUGUCAGUAAUAAAUGUGUAAUAUAUAAAUCUAUACAAAUAUAAGAAAUACUACAGAAA